GGAAGGCUAGCCCAUCUCGGGUGAGCUACUGACUUCAGCUUCCUUGCACUGCGAUUGGAAGACCGCUAAGGGAAAGGGCGGGCCCCCAGCGGGUAGAAUAAAGAGGAUUGUGAUGGAACAGGGCGGGGCUCGCGGGGGCCACAGGGGGCCACCGGGGGCGCCCCUCUGAGGACUGGGACGGGGGGCCGGCGGUGGGUGCUGCGGCGCUGCAAGGCUCUGCAGCAUGUGCCUGUGCUGUAGGGAGGACGACUCUGUCCAAGUCAACCCCGAAAGCUCGAGCUGGCGGCAUCCUGCAGAAGUCACUGAAAGGCAGUCCACAGCUAAACGUAUUGAGCAUAUGAGAAACCUAUGGAAACAGAAGAGGAAAUUUAAUAAACGGUUUUCAAGGCCUGCGCCUGUUCCAGAACCUGGACUCCUAUGGACAUAAAGUUGAAGUCUGUGUGGAAGAAAUCAUGCCGGACCACAGAUUUCUAACAUCAAGUGGCAUUUUGUGAUGUGAUGUCAUUCGAAAAAGUAAAGAGAGUGCUCUUCCAGUUAAGCAAAAUAAACACAGUGCAACCAUUUAACACCUAAGCUACAGGGUCUAGAAUUUUAUUAAAUACGAUAUCUUACUACCA